UUUGGUGCGAACCUUGCCCAGAGCGGGAGCUUGCACUGACUCGAAGGAAGGUGAGAGGAUUUCAGAAUGACUACUAUCUUGACUUGCACUUUAAAAAACCUUCCUAGUACAUCAAAAUGGGCCCUCAGAUUCCCUGUAAGAUUGCUGAGCUGUUCCUCCCAGCUACGAGCUGCCCCAGCUGGCCAGACCAAAUCGAAGAAGACCUUAGCCAAACCCAAUGUAAGGAAUAUAGUGGUGGUGGAUGGUGUUCGUACUCCAUUUUUGCAAUCAGGCACUUCAUAUAAAGACCUGAUGCCACAUGAUUUGGCUAGAGCCGCACUAACGGGGUUGUUGCAUCAGACCAGUGUUCCAAAGGAAGUUGUUGAUUAUAUCAUCUUUGGGACAGUUAUUCAAGAAGUGAAAACAAGCAAUGUGGCUAGAGAGGCUGCCCUCGGAGCUGGCUUCUCUGACAAGACUCCCGCUCACACUGUCACCAUGGCUUGCAUCUCUGCCAACCAAGCCAUGACCACAGGUGUUGGCUUGAUUGCCUCUGGCCAGUGUGAUGUCAUCGUGGCAGGUGGUGUAGAGUUAAUGUCCGAUGUCCCUAUUCGUCAUUCAAGAAAAAUGAGGAAAAUGAUGCUUGAUCUCAAUAAGGCCAAGACCCUGGGCCAGAGACUGUCUUUAAUCUCUAAAUUCAGAUUGAAUUUCCUAUCACCUGAGCUCCCUGCAGUGGCUGAGUUCUCUACCAGUGAGACCAUGGGCCAUUCUGCAGACCGACUGGCUGCUGCCUUUGCUGUUUCUUGACUGGAGCAGGAUGAACAUGCACUGCGUUCUCACAGUCUGGCCAAGAAGGCACAGGAUGAAGGGCUCCUUUCUGAUGUUAUACCCUUCAAAGUACCAGGAAAAGAUACAGUUACCAAAGA